AGGACGCAGGACAAACCACAGCUGAAAGACGAGAAGAAGAGCUGGAAAAGAGAAGAGAGGCAGCAAAAAGAAACAGAGCUGCUUUUUAAAGCCAACCAGUGGCAGCUUUGACUCAUGGAAAGUUCUCUGAAAGUUCCCCAAACACAAGAGGUACACAGCAGAAGGAGGAUGGUGUGAAGCUGCAGAGGACGAAGACUGCCCAGACACCAGAAGAAGAACAAGAGGAGCUGCCUCUGGCAGGUUCAUGAUGGAAACCCUGUAGUCCCCGUACUUCAGCUCCUACCAGCAUGAUUGGCAAGUUAAACCCCAGAAGGAUCUACGUGGGAAGAUCAGGAGGGAGGAUGAUGAUGAUGACGACGAUGAUGAUGAUGAUGGCAGUGGUGGUGGGUGCGGUGGGGGGAUCCGCCGGUGUGGAGGAGGCGGACAGCGAAGAGAGUCAGGAGAUCCUGGAGGAGGACCUCAUCUCAGAGGUGGAGGAGCCCACGUCCUCUGAAGUGUCCAGACUGUCUCCUCUCAGCUCCUGGUUGAUCUUUAGAAGAAACUCCAACAAGGGGGACAACCGGAGAACCAAAGGAUUCAGGAGAACCUCGAAGCAUGGCCUUCCAGGCCCUCCAGGCCCUCCGGGACCCCAGGGGCCCCCAGGUCCACCUGCCCCCCUCCUGCCCCAACAGCAGCAGCUCAUCCAGGAGCUUCAGCUCAAACUGAGAGACGUGACGGGGGGAGUGUGUCUGCAGUGCGAUGGUCCUCGCCGAGUCUCCACCUCCUUCUUCAGCCGCCUCCUGCAGGAUGUCACCAUCCCCCGCCGCAGCCUGCUGGAGCUGCAGCCCUUCAGAACGCCGUCGGGGUCCGAGCAGAGCCUCCAGAGGGGUCCAAGCUUCAACAGCAGCACCGGCCGAUACUCAGCACCCGUGUCUGGCUUCUAUCAGCUCACCGCCAGCCUCCUCAUAGAGUCCGGCGACAGGGUCCAGGUCCGGCUCAGAGACAGCGUGAGAGCAGCCAUCUGCAUCGAGUCGCUCUGCCAGAGUAACCUCUCCGUGGAGUCGGUGAUGGGCGUAGCUGCUGCCGGAGGAACAUUCAGUAUCUUACUGACAGGGACGCUCUACCUGCAGGCUGGUGAAUAUGUGUCGGUGUUCGUGGACAACGCCACCGGUUCCACCGUCAGCAUCUUGCAGGACUCACUGUUCUCCGGGAUCCUGCUGGGAAUCUGACGUCAGGAUUCUUGGACCUGACUGUUUCCUGGCUCAUCAACGGCCAGAAAGCUCUUUUCUUUGGACCAUAAAAAAAACUGAAACCACAUGAGUCCAAAGAGACCCGACAUCUGCAGCAACAUGACAUGAGCCCGGUCACAUCUGACCUCCAACGAGCUCCAGGGACCGUAAAGAUGUCGACUCCAUUGGAAGGUUCAUGGCUGUGACAUUUGUAAAAAUGGGACAAAUAAGAGCAAAUGAGAUAACUUCUACGAACCAAACAUCAUGGUGGCGUCUCCUCCCGGCUCCGGACCCAACCUGCUUCCUUUAUCGUCAUCAACUCUCCACUGAAGAUUUGAGACUGAAGUUGUUUCUGUCUGACGGUGCGUGUGUGUGUGUGUGUGUGUGUGUGUGUGUGUGUGUGUGUGUGUGUGUGUGUGUGUGUGUGUGUGUGUGUGUGUGUGAGAAGCUGCACGUCUGAGAUGUUACCAGAACAGAUGUGUAAGAUUCAGUUUUUCAUGUAUGUGUUGAAUUAUUCUCAUCAUUUCUCGUGACGUGAUGUUUCGUAUGUGAUGCAGCAUAAAGAGCAUGAUGUAAAACAAACACCUGCUAGAGAGACGAGUGUGUGUUCUUCCUGCAACAUCUGCUCAUCUGCGUCCACAGCCGGGUCUGCUCACGGCUGAGAUGCAGAUGUUUUCUCCUGGGAGCUGAUAUUUAGUUGUGUGUCCGUGUGUGUUUGCAGCUGCUGCGUCACAGUCUCAGCUCAGUUCCUCCCCGAUCUUCUACGGGACGAGCAGACCAACUCAUCCUCCAAGCUGAACGACUGCGAAGGCUUACUUGGUUCUGAAACGUUCCUUAAAGGAGACUCAAAGCCAUUUGCAGUUUAACCCGUUUAUAAAGUAUUAUCCAGCUUUAAAUCCUUUCGAAAACCUCCAGCACAUUCUUCCUGGAACCUCAGCAGCUCUGGUUGCUUCUGUCCUGAAAUGUGGAUCAGUGGUGAACGUUGAUGUGAGGUUUCUUAUUUCUUUAUCCAAUGUGCUGUACAUCUCCAAGAGCGACACCUCCCGUCAAGCUGUUUGGGAGGUUUAAGACUCUUUUUUUAAUAAACUUUGCCCACCAUGUUUAUAAAUUGGCCUUGAACCUGGAAAACCUUUCUGUGCUUUUCUACAGAACGUUUCCACGAUUUUCUGUUUAAAUCGUUUGAUGUAAUGACACGUUCAUGGUUCCAAAGCCUGAAGAUGUGUCUCAGCUCGCAUUAAAACAACCUUUAUAUGUGGACCUGUGGUUCUGGUCCAUGUCUGGUGUGGGUAUGAGUGGAUCCAGUCUACCCCUCCUGUUUAUGCAGCAUGAUGAUGAGCUCCGGAUGUUCCCUCGCGUGUACGAUGCUGCGGUUCUGAAGUCCCUGAUGGGACGUUUUCUCCAACAUGAAGAUCUGAGUUGACCACUUUGGUUCUGGCACCGAUGCCUCCAGUGUGACUGGAUUUUUGUAGUUUUGCUUGUCUGUUUUUUUUUUAGUAUUUAGUAGUAGAGAGUAUUUUACUGUGGAGUGAGAUGUUUGAUGUUCUGGAGGAGUGAACUAUGCCGUUGGUCUUGUUCAUGUUGGUGGUUCCUCUGUGAGAGUGAUAGUUUUUAUUGUCACUCCCGAGUGACUUGGUGUUUGUUUUUUCUUUUCUUGCAGUUUAUUUAUUCCGUCUCUAGUGUUGUUUUGUGACAUUUUAAGUGUUUUUGCUGAAACCAAGAGGAGAUCCGAGGUGGAAACAUUUACUCCAGAGAUCUACUGUGACCUCUCACAUAGAUGUCCCACCAACCUGCAUCUGGAAGACCAAAUGCUUUUCUUCUCAGGAACAUCCCUUGACAUUUUGGAGAAAAAACUUUUCCUCAGAUGAGUUCACACUGAGAUGGGACAUAACUACGCAGCAGUGCAGUUUUUAUCCCCUUUGGUCCGCUGCUGUGUCCGAUCAACUGAAUAAA